AUGGAUAUAUGUUGCAAAGAUAUAAUUAGUGAUCAUUCAAAAAAAGAUAUAAUUAGUGAUCUACCAGAAGCUCUUAUUUGCCACAUCUUGUCAUUCCUUCCCAUAGAAGAUUCGGCUUUGACUUCAGUACUUUCGAAAAAGUGGCAGCAUCUAUUUGCUUUCAGACCAAAUCUUGAGUUUGAUGACGCUGUAGUAUAUCUUAAUCCUGACGGAGAAAGAAAUGAGACAAUAUUUGAGAAUUUCGUUGAUAGAGUAUUGAGUUUGCAGGGUGAUUAUCCUAUCAACAAGUUCUCUCUAACAUGCCGAGAUUUUACUGAUCCAACUUGUGUAUCUCGUUGGAUAUCAAAUGUGAUGGAACGCGGGGUAUCGGAUCUUGAUCUACGUUGUAUUGUGUAUUGGGAUAAUGGUACCAUGCCUCCAGAUAUCUUUGUGAGCAAGGCACUGGUUCAUCUGAGAAUAGAAACUGGAAACGGUGCCUUCAUUGAUGUGGAAGAUGUUUUUCUUCCAAACCUCAAGACUCUAUAUCUUAAUAAAGUCUUGUUACGACACAGUGAUAACGGCUUUGUGAAGCUUAUUACUAGUUGUCAUGUUCUUGAGGAUUUAUUUAUUAUGAAUAUAUGUUGGGAUGGUUAUUUGAAGCGCUCUCUAUCUUCUAAAACCCUCAAGAGGCUAACGUUCUUUUGUGAAGACGUCCAUGCCGUAAAUCCGGAGAGUGUUUCGUUUGAUACACCCAAUCUUGUCUACUUUGUAUACCAUGAUUGCGUUGCAGACAAGUAUAAAAAUAUGAAUUUUGAUUCACUUGUUUACGCUAGUAUCUGUCUUCAAAUGACAUCUCAUCAGCGUACACAUGCAAGCUAUGAACAUUUGGUCGGUAAUGCAACAGAUUUUCUUUUGGGAAUAAGCAAUGUUCAGAUCCUUGAAUUAUUUGCCAAUACCAUUGAGGUUUGUAUUGUAAUCCCUUCUUCUUCUUUUUUGGCUACAUUGAAACAAAAAGAAGACAAACAAGUUAGUGUUACAUGCCUUGCAGGAUGGGAGUCAUUGCCGGUUCUACUCAAAAACUGUCCAGAUCUAGAAAGCCUUAUCUUCGAUGGGCUCCAUCACAACGAUACAAUUAAAUGUGAGGAUGUUGACGGGUGUCUAUGCAAAUCUUCACGUGGCAUUCCUAGUUGCCUAUCAUCAAGUCCGGUGCAGUUUCUAACGAUAUGGAAAUUUGGUGAAAUUUGUGAUGACUAUGAUGACAUGGAGAAGCAGAUAGAGCUCGUCAUGUAUUUCCUGGAGACAAUGCCGAAUCUUGAAGAAAUGAAAUUGUUCUACGAUACACAAAUUUAUGAAGAUGUGAUAAGCAAACUUCAGAUGUUAGUAACCUCGUCGAAAUGCACAGUCUAUAUAAUCCCCGAGGUCUAA